AUGAGGGAAAUCGUGCACAUCCAGGCCGGCCAAUGUGGCAACCAGAUUGGAGCUAAAUUCUGGGAGAUCAUCUCCGACGAGCACGGCAUCGACCCCACCGGUGCCUACCAUGGCGAUUCUGACUUGCAGCUGGAACGCAUCAACGUUUACUACAAUGAGGCCUCCGGCGGCAAAUACGUCCCCCGAGCUAUCCUCGUCGACCUCGAGCCCGGCACCAUGGACUCCGUGCGUUCAGGACCAUUCGGACAGAUCUUCCGCCCAGACAAUUUCGUGUUCGGACAAUCCGGCGCCGGCAACAACUGGGCCAAGGGACACUACACAGAAGGCGCCGAGCUCGUCGACUCAGUUCUUGACGUAGUACGCAAAGAAUCCGAGUCGUGCGAUUGUCUACAAGGCUUCCAGCUCACACACUCCCUUGGCGGCGGCACCGGCUCCGGAAUGGGUACCCUCCUCAUCUCCAAAAUCAGAGAAGAGUACCCCGACAGAAUCAUGAACACAUACUCAGUCGUCCCCUCGCCCAAAGUAUCAGACACCGUCGUAGAACCGUACAACGCAACUCUUUCAGUCCACCAGCUCGUAGAAAACACAGACGAAACAUACUGUAUCGACAAUGAGGCUUUAUACGACAUCUGCUUCCGCACCUUGAAACUUUCCACACCCACAUACGGUGACUUAAAUCACUUGGUGUCCCUCACGAUGUCCGGUGUCACAACUUGCCUCAGGUUCCCCGGUCAGUUGAACGCAGAUCUUCGAAAACUGGCUGUGAACAUGGUUCCUUUCCCACGUCUACACUUCUUCAUGCCCGGAUUCGCUCCUCUCACAUCACGUGGAAGCAGACAGUACCGCGCUCUCACCGUCCCAGAACUCACUCAACAGAUGUUCGACGCCAAGAACAUGAUGGCGGCAUGCGAUCCUCGUCACGGCCGCUACCUCACCGUCGCCGCCAUCUUCCGUGGCCGCAUGUCGAUGAAGGAAGUCGACGAGCAGAUGCUCAACAUCCAAAACAAGAACUCGUCGUACUUCGUCGAAUGGAUCCCCAACAACGUGAAGACCGCCGUGUGCGACAUCCCACCCAGAGGUCUCAAGAUGGCCGCCACCUUCAUCGGCAACUCGACCGCCAUCCAGGAGCUGUUCAAGCGCAUCUCAGAACAGUUCACCGCUAUGUUCAGGCGCAAGGCUUUCUUGCAUUGGUACACUGGUGAGGGUAUGGACGAGAUGGAGUUUACCGAGGCGGAGAGCAACAUGAACGACUUGGUCUCCGAAUACCAGCAAUACCAGGAGGCCACCGCCGACGAGGACGCCGAGUUCGACGAGGAGCAGGAGCAGGAUGUCGACGAACACUAA